AUGGGAGCUUCCCCAACAAAUGUAAAGGACUCAAAGGAUGUCAAAAAGUCAAGCAAGUCACGCAAAAAGUCAAGGAAAGCCGCUGUCAUCGUCGAGGUAUCUGAAGAUACAGCGGGAACUAGUACUACGCCAAAAGAGUCCACUCUGAGCACAAACAUUCUUGAAAAGACCGGUGUAGACGGCGUGGACACCGAAACUGUGUUUGAGAACAAAAAGGCGCUGAAGAGGGCUAUCAGGGCGGCCAGAGUCCGCCGACCUGCAGACGAAAAUGCUGCUUCGAAAAAGGAAUCGGGCAAUAAGCGUAAAGACAGGGCAGAAGAUGCAGCAUCCGAUGAACCUCCAAAGAAGAAACACAAAAACAGGACCGAGUUUGCAGACCCGAGAGUUGACACAACAUUAAAUCCUCAAUCAAGUAAAGCCUUGGAAUAUGCCUUCACUCAGAUGAACCGACCUUCCAAAUGGAAAUUUAACAAGGCUAGACAAAAUUGGCUUAUUCGAAACAUAUGGGCGCCUGAAGCUUUACCGGACGUAUAUGUACCUCUCGUCGUAAAAUAUUUGACCAACGUCCAAGGAGGAUCGAGGCAGAAAUUGAUAGAGUCUUGUCAAUCAUAUCUCAAAGUAGAAGAAAAGCAAGAUUCAGCGCAGGAAAAUACGGCUCCAUCAACAAUUUCACAAGCAGAAAAAGAAACUACUACUUUAAAAUCGAUACUAAAACCAACACCUGGACCUUUGAUUCCUGGGCCUCUUAUUGACACACCCUCUGCACCUUCAGCUGGGCCUGAAGGCUCAGGGAUUCCUGCCUCAGGUGCGAUCGUACCUGCAUCCGAGGCUCCCCUGUCAGCCAUAGCACUUGCAGAUAUCAGACGUACACGGGCGCAAACCUUACUUGAUGCACUGGGUGGGCCUAAAGAAAUACCAUAA